AUGCAUCUUCAGUCUCACCAGCAAACUGCGGCUGCUACUGCUACUGUUAAUCCAUCCACGAUCGAAGUUCUUCGUUCUUUAGAUGGAACCAUUGCCUGGGGCCAAUCCGGAGCGGCAAGGAGCGAUUUCAGGAGCGAUGUGAUCACCCGGCCUAGCCUGCGCAUGCUCGCCGCCAUAGUCGAAACAUCCCUCGGCGAUGACGUCUUCCGCGAAGACCGCACGACGCUCGAUUUCGAAGCCCACGUCGCCUCCAUAACCGGCCGUGAGGCAGGCAUGUUUGUCGUCACGGGAACCAUGGCCAACGAACUCUGCCUGCACUCGCUCAUUUCUUCCCGUCCCUGCGGUAUCCUGCUUGAUGCUGCCGCACAUAGCGUCAAUUUCGAGGGCGGUGGACCUUCAAUCCUGAGUGGUGGGAUGAUCCAAACCGUGCGUCCUUCAAACGGGAAGUAUCUUCGCGUCGAAGAUCUAGAAAAACAUGCUGUCAUCGACGAUGACGAUGUGCAUAAAUGUCCCACGGGAAUCAUAUCGAUGGAGAACACCGCCGGCGGCAUCAUCCUGCCCCUGCAUGAACUCCGGCGCAUUCAUGACUGGGCGAAACGGCACGACGUCAAGACACACCUCGACGGAGCACGUUUGUUUGAGGCUGUGGCUGCGGGUGCAGGCUCUCUGAGAGAAUACUGCGCGCUCGUUGAUGUUGUGUCCGUGGAUUUCAGCAAGAAUCUAGGCGCGCCGAUGGGGGCGAUGGUGCUGGGGGAUGCAAGCUUGAUACGUCGAAUGCGGAGGACGAGGAAAGGUAUUGGGGGCGGGAUGAGGCAGGGAGGUGUGAUUACGGCUGCUGCAAGGGAGGCGCUGUUUGAGAAUUUUGGCAUGGGCGCAGAGAUUGAGAAGCCGGUGCUGAGGGAUGUGCACCGCGUUGCUGAGAAGCUGGGGGAGGAGUGGGUUAGGAGAGGGGGACGAUUGACCAAGGACGUUGAGACGAAUAUCGUUUGGUUGGACAUUGAUGCGCUGGGGAUCGAUAGACGGACACUGAUUGACCUGGGGAAGAAAUACGGCGUAGUGUUAGACAGUCCGAGGGUGGUAUGCCAUCACCAGAUUGAUGCACAGGCCGUUGCCGAUCUGGUGAGGCUCUUUGACCAUAUCCUAGGCGUCAACAAACAUAACGGCAUCAACGGUAACGGCAAUCUCCUCUCGCAAUAG